UGACAGACGAAGAGGUUCAAAGGAAAAAGAAAUGAUUAUGAAGAGGAAGGAGGAGGAGGCGGCUCGCGAGGCCAUGAAGCCGCGGCUGAACGAGGAGCAGGCGCGCAUCAUCUCCUGCCUGGUGGAAGCUCACCACAAGACCUACGACGCCUCCUACUCCGACUUCUCACGCUUCAGGCCUCCAGUGCGCGACGGGCCGGUGACGCGCAGCGCCAGCCGAGCGGCCUCGCUCCACUCCCUCUCCGACGCCUCCUCCGAUUCCUUCAACCACUCACCUGAAUCCGUGGACACCAAGAUGAACUUCAGCAACCUGCUGAUGAUGUACCAGGACGGAGCCAGCAGCCCGGACUCCAGCGAGGAGGACACCAAGCUGUCCAUGCUGCCCCACCUGGCCGACCUGGUGUCCUACAGCAUCCAGAAGGUCAUCGGCUUUGCCAAGAUGGUCCCGGGAUUCAGAGACCUGACGGCGGAGGAUCAGAUCGCUCUGUUGAAGUCGAGUGCCAUCGAGAUCAUCAUGCUGCGUUCCAACCAGUCGUUCAGCCUGGAGGACAUGUCCUGGAGCUGCGGGGGGCCCGACUUCAAAUACUGCAUCAACGACGUCACCAAAGCGGGUCACACCCUGGAGCUGCUGGAGCCGCUGGUCAAGUUCCAAGUGGGUCUGAAGAAGCUGAACCUGCACGAGGAGGAGCACGUGCUGCUCAUGGCCAUCUGCCUGCUGUCUCCAGACCGUCCCGGCGUCCAGGACCACGCCCGCAUCGAGCAGCUGCAGGACCGCCUGUCGGAGGCGCUGCAGGCGUACAUCCGGGUCAACCACCCGGGCGGGCGGCUGCUCUACGCCAAGAUGAUCCAGAAGCUGGCCGACCUGCGCAGCCUGAACGAGGAGCACUCCAAGCAGUACCGCUCGCUGUCCUUCCAGCCCGAGCACAGCAUGCAGCUCACCCCGCUGGUGCUGGAGGUGUUCGGCAGCGAGGUGUCAUAGCAGAGAAGGAGAUGUGUGUGCCCGCAUCCACCUCCAUCACACACACAGUAACAACCCACCCCAAAGCUGCCUUCUGUCUCCACGCAGCCCCCCCAACCCCUCCCCCGGACAUGUGGGAGGAGGACGGACGGUUCCCCCUUCCUCUCAUCAUCGCCUGUCGACCCCCCUCUUACCUCAACCAGCAGAACUCCACCUCGACCGUUAACUGGAUUUACCGAACACGAACGGACGCGCCGCCGCCCUCCGCGGUGCCGCGGCGCUCCGGAUCCACCAAAUCAUACUCUGACCUCUGAAACUGAACGCUGCAUUUCAUUUCAUGACAUCCAGCCCGCAGAAGUGCUGAGUCGCUGGUGUCCUCAUCCUUCGCUCGUCACCACCUUUCCCAGGAAACUACUUCCUGUCGUUUUUUUGUUCUUUUUCCUCUCAAAGUGGAGACAGCUUGAUGGAUUCGACCGUCACAUCCCUCUCACCUUCACCCUCAUAACAUUUCUCCAUGUCAACAACAUGGCGAUGAAAGGAAUAUAUACAUAUAUAUAUAAAUAUCUAUAUAUAUAUAUGUAUAUAAAUAUAUAAAUAUACAUCUCUCACCCACGCUGGGUGGUGAACUAGGUGUAGAUAAACUAUUGUUGGCUUAGAGUUUAACAGCAAAGGCAUCCAAAUAUAUAUUAGACAUCAAAGGCCACGGGGGCAAGCUCACAGAAAAUAAAAUACUUUUGUUUUAUGGUUUUAGAAAAACAAAUCAACAUUUUUGGAGCGGCGUUUGCUUCCCGUGAGACGAAGCCAGACGUUGGAGUAGAAAUGUUUUCGGUGUGGGAACGGUGGGAUGAAAGGUGCAAUCU